UAGUGGCUCUCUGUGAGAUUUCCAAUCCCUGUGAUACUCUGCGCGAGCCUCAAUUUGCUUCCACGCUGCUUUUCUUAGAUUUGCUUUAAUGUUCUUAAAUGAAUAUGCUGGUGCGCAAAGGGAGUCUCCAUCCUUCACAGAGUGGAAGCUGGAUAUGUAGCCAGAACCCCAGAGGUGUUUCCUGCAUAAUGCAUCGAGGAAGUUAUGGUAUGCACAUGAUUCUCUACUUUAAUUCUCAGUAAAAACAUCAUAGAUGGUAUUUCUCUGCGGGACUUCAUGGAUUUGGUUCACUGAGGGCCAUCUGAAGAACUGACAUGGCAGUGCCAAAUAUGGUGUUCUCUGACGUGGAAAGUUUUCUGGACUCGCAUCCUGAGUUAUUUGAGGACUACCUGAACAGAAAGGGGAAUUAUAGCAUGGUGGAGAAAUGGCUCAAGAAUCAUCAGGCGAGCAAAAGUCCGGCGGCUGCAGCUCGCGCCGAGCCGAGAGAGGAGAAGAGCAACGCGUGCAAGGACAGCUGGGCAAGCAAAUGCGAUGGUCUGCAAAGGAGAGCCUCGCAGAAGGAGCUGCGCAAAACUUUCGCCAGAUCAAAGGCCAUUAAUGUCAACAGGACAUACGACGAACAUGUUAAUUCCAGGGCCCAGGAGCCCCUGACGAGCAUGAGGAGGAGAGCUCUGCUGAGGAAAGCGAGCUCUCUGCCCCCGACCACUGCGCACAUACUGAGCGCACUGCUGGAGUCCAGAGUCAACAUCCCCCAGUACCCGUCCACAGCAGUGGAUUUUAAAUAUUACCUCAAACAACACAAUGAAAGAGAGUUCUUCCUGGAGCUUGUCAAAGACAUAUCUAACGACCUGGAUCUAACGAGUCUGAGCUACAAAAUCCUUGUGUUUGUUUGUAUUAUGGUCGAUGCAGACCGGUGCUCCUUGUUUUUAGUGGAGGGAACGGGCAAUAAGAAGACACUAGUGUCCAAAUUCUUUGACGUGCACGCGGGUACCACAGUUUUACCCUCAAAGAAUUCAGAUGAAGUUCAAGUGCCGUGGGGGAAAGGAAUCAUUGGAUAUGUGGCUGAACACGGAGAGACAGUGAACAUUCCUGACGCUUAUCAGGAUCGUCGGUUCAGUGAUGAAAUUGACAAACUGACAGGGUACAAAACCAAGUCACUCUUGUGCAUGCCCAUUCGCAACAGUGACGGAGAGAUCAUUGGAGUUGCUCAGGCCAUCAACAAGUCCUCAAGUGGCGAUCUCUUCACUGAAGAUGAUGAAAAGGUGCUGCAGAUGUACCUGCCCUUCUGUGGUAUUGCCAUCUCCAAUGCUCAACUCUUCGCAGCCUCAAGGAAGGAGUAUGACAGGAGCCGGGCACUCUUGGAGGUCGUCAAUGACCUGUUUGAAGAGCAGACUGACCUGGAGAAGAUUGUCAGGAAGAUCAUGCACCGGGCCCAGACAUUGCUAAAGUGCGAGCGCUGCUCUGUUCAGUUGCUGGAGGACAUUGAGUCACCGGUGGUGAAGUUUACCAAGUCAUUUGAGCUAUUGUCCCCUAAGUGUAGUGCAGACACUGAAAGCAGUUUCAAAGACAGUAUGGAGAAAUCGUCUUACUCCGACUGGCUCAUCAACAACAGUAUUGCAGAGCUAGUAGCAUCCACAGGACUACCCGUGAACAUUAGUGAUGCCUAUCAGGAUCCUCGCUUUGAUGCUGAGGCAGACCAGUUCUCAGACUUCCACAUCCGCUCCGUACUUUGUGUUCCCAUAUGGAACAGCAACCACCAAAUCAUAGGUGUCGCCCAAGUGCUGAACAGGCUCGAUGGGCAACCCUUCGAUGACGCAGACCAGCGUCUCUUCGAGGCGUUUGUGAUCUUUUGCGGACUGGGCAUCAACAACACCAUCAUGUACGACCAGGUGAAGAAGUCCUGGGCCAAGCAGUCUGUGGCUUUGGAUGUUCUUUCUUACCAUGCCACUUGCUCCAAGACUGAAGUUGACAAAUUCAAGGCUGCUAACAUUCCUCUGGUUUGCGAGAUGGGCAUAGAUAAGCUCUCCUUUGACGAUUUCUCUCUGGACGUUGACGCCAUGAUAACGGCUGCUCUGAGAAUGUUUAUGGAGUUGGGAAUGGUGCAGAAAUUUAAGAUAGACUAUGAGACACUGUGCAGAUGGCUGCUGACUGUCAGAAAGAACUACAGAAUGGUUCUCUAUCACAACUGGAGACAUGCCUUCAACGUCUGCCAGUGCAUGUUUGCCAUGCUUACGACGGCGGGCUUCCAGGAGACUCUGACAGAGGUGGAGAUCUUCGCUCUUAUUGUAGGUUGUGUGUGCCAUGACUUGGACCACAGGGGCACCAACAAUGCUUUUCAGGCCAAAACGGGCUCAGCACUUGCUCUGCUUUAUGGGACCUCUGCUACACUGGAGCACCACCACUUCAACCAUGCUGUUAUGAUCCUUCAGAGCGAGGGUCAUAAUAUCUUCUCCAACCUGUCGUCCACAGAGUACAGUGACCUCAUGCAGCUGCUGAAACAGUCGAUUCUGGCAACAGACCUCACACUUUACUUUGAAAACAGAAACACUUUCUUUGAGCUGGUCAACAAAGGAGAGUACAACUGGAAUGUGAAGGCUCAUAGAGACAUGUGCAGAUCCAUGAUGAUGACAGCGUGUGAUCUUGGUGCUGUCACUAAACCUUGGGAAAUAUCACGCAAGGUGGCAGAGCUGGUGACCAGUGAGUUCUUUGAACAGGGCGACAGAGAGAGAUCGGAGCUGAAGCUCACGCCCUCAGCCAUCUUUGAUCGAAACAGGAAGGAUGAGUUGCCGGGGCUUCAGCUGGAGUGGAUUGAUGGAAUUUGUGCUCCGCUGUAUGAGACUCUGGUCAAGUUGAAUCCCAAACUUCAGCCGAUGCUUGACAUGAUCAAAGCCAACAGGGCCAAAUGGGAGGAACUGAACAAGAAGAGACAACGUGGCCAGAGUGUUUCUCCACCCGCAAGCCCCUGCAGUGGCGACAGCACAGAAACAAGUGGCUAUGCUGUGGCCAAAACGGGCUGCACACCCUGCUGUAGCGGCGAUGCUGAUGGCACACCAUCUAGACCUUUUAGUUAGCUUCUGAUGCCAUCUCCGAGCUGAUCUCUUAGGCUUAUUUCCUCUUACAUGCAGCCUGCAACAGAGGCAGUGCAGUGCAUGCAGAGGGUCUUGGGCUCUGCUCCUCUUCGCUUUUGCUACUAGAGAUGAGCUUUAGACUUGAGUGCGGCGCAAUCAUACAGGUUUUUCUGCUCCCUUCAGUCUUCCUGUGCUGAGGGCUGACAGAACUGUGUUUGGCAAGCUUGUCGGAGCAGCUACAAAUCAGCUAUGUCAGAAAGGAAACUCAAACCACUGUGUCAACAUGUCAACCAGUGAGUUAACACUGACUAUUCUGGGCAGUGCACAGAUUUUCAGCACAAGGCAUGGAGAAUAUACGAGAGGAAUGUUCGUUGCUGUGGUUCGUUUUGCUCUUGGUAACGUUACCUCCUCGUUGCUCGCAUUUUGUCCGGGGUAACAGAGAUAUUUUUUGUAAAUCUGUACAUACGCUUUUGGGUUAUUAAUAAGUGCUGUUUAAAAACAACCUGUACACACUGGAUUGUGAUGUGGCUGUAGAGUUUCUGAAUUAAAAGGGGUGCAGGAACAGCAGGACCUGUGACAUUGCUUGCAAUGCAAAUUGAGUGCCCCGCUCCUACCCUUCCUGUGCCUUGUUUUCAAAUUCUAAUGAAAAAUGCAUGGCCUCCUCAUGUUAACCAUGACAUGUUUUUGCCAUAAUUUGUAAAACCAAUGACUGCAGUUAUGUCUUGACCCCAAGCAUUAACAUUACAUAUAAAAAAACUAUUUUGCUCAAUUUUAUAUAUGCAGGAUCUCACUUGUCACACACACACACACACACACAAUGUGCCUUGAUGACGUUGUUCUGAUAUCACAAUCAUUUCUGAAGAAAAGGUCCUUUCAUCUACUGAUGUAUCACUAACCGCUGAAACAUAAAGCAAUGUAAUGUUAUUUAAUAUCAACUCCUCACUAAACUACAUUUAAAAUAAUAAUUUAGAAUAAUAGAAAUUACACUUACUUGUGUUCUGGCGAAAAGUUAGAUGAUGAGACCACUCUCACAUCUGUCUUAUAAAUAUAAGGCUGACAGUUAGCUUAGCUUAGCACAAAGACUGGCAACAGGGGGAAACAGCUAGCCUGAGUCCGUCUAAAGGUAAUUUGCCAACUAGCACAUCUACAGCUCAUUAAUUCAAACAUUAUAAUGACUUUAUAAUAAAGUCUGUUUAAUCUGAACAAAAACCUACGUGUACUGUUGUGUCAGACUAUUCCUCAGCUAGAAAGACCGGUAACUUUCUACCGUUUCGAUGUUAGCCAGGAAACUCGUCUGAGACAAGAAACAGUCUGACAUAUACCCACCCCAAAAAACACCAAAUUGCCUUUUACCUCUUUGGUUUUUGUACGGAUAAGAUAAAUGGGAUAUAACUUGUUAGUCUGUGAACUUAAGAGGUGUUGGUUACCUUUGGAUAGAUUCAUGCUAGACGUUUCCCUAUGUCCUGUCUUGUGCUAAGUUACGCUAACCAGCGCAUGGCUGUGGCUUUAUUUAAAGGUGCCAUAGAAUGGAAAACUGUAUUUACCUUGGUAUAAUUAAAUAAAUAAUAAAGUUAGUUUCUUCCUUCAUAUGUAACUCUUGCACAUGCAGAAGACCCCGGAAAAACGGGCGAAUGCUACUAUGCCAGAUGUGACAUAUCAUCUGGGAUCAAUAAUAUUAACGCCCCCAAAAUUUACAUAUACCAUCCGACAUUACAGAGAAGCGGUCAUAUGAGCUCAUUGAGCUACAGCUGGAUCUCGUUCAGAAUGUCUCAAAGAAAAGUGCUUUUAUGGUUAUGAAGAAAAGGUAAAUAUUUUCUGGUUUUCCCUCUGAUGUCCUCUGGCUGCUCUGCCUCUGCGAUUUAUUAAGUUUCUUGAUGGACAGAUAGCUUUACUUGUUGCUAACACUAGAGUAACCGCUAGGUGCUGCUAACGGUAGCUACUGUUAUCAGCUGGCUUUGAAUCAGCGGUCCUCAGCUUCAGUACUAAUGUUUGACCCCGGAGCACAAAGCUUCCAGAAACAGAAAUAGGAUGGCUAGCUGCACAGCUAACUGAGUAGCUAUCAGCAGCUGCUGAUAGCAGUAGUUAGUGGCUAAAGUAACUCGUAACAUACAAACUCCUUACAUCACCAAAAGUGGAGGCAGAGCAGCUGGAGGACAUCAGAGGGAACAGACAAUAUUUCCUCCAUCAACUGUAAUCCAGUUUUACCGAAACCAGUGAAGAAAGUUAUAAAGUUCUUUGUCCAGUACUGUACUGUAAUCAGUGAGGCCUAGCAUCAUAUAACAGAACAAAUAGCUGUUUAGCUAUGCCCCGCCCCUCUGCUGUGCUUGUAGAAGUUGGCCAAUCAGAAGCAAGUGGGCUUUCAGGGAGGGUGGCCUUAAAGAGACAGGAGCUAAAACAGAGUGUGGUGGAGGGUGAGGAGGUGUUUUUGAACAUUAAAGCAUGUAACAGUUAAACAUUUUCUAGUGGAAACCCUAAAUACAAGUAUGAACCUGCAAAUAAGUAUUGUACGGCACCUUUUAAGGGAAAAAUAUGAGUGUUAUCCUCUGAUCUACCUUGCCGCCAGACAGCAAAUGAGCAUAUUUCCUAAAAUUUUGGCCUUUUCUCAAAGCUCACAAAUGCUACUCAAACAACUUUUACAAUCUCCAAAAGAAGACUGAGACACUGAAACUUACAGUACUGAAGUGCCCAUGCAGUCACAAGCUGUUAUUAUAAGCAUUAUGUUUUUGGGGGGGGGGGGGGGGGGGCAUCCUUAUGAAUUGUGUUGUAGAUUUGUUAAUUGGAGUUUAAAAUGUGACUGUGCACAUUGUGUGGCAUGGAUCUGUGUGCUCUACUGUAUUUUAAAUGAAGAGCUGAAUUGAAGUCGACUAGAUUUUUUUUUUUGAAUUGCAUGUUUUAUGCAGUAUUAAAUUCAACCACUUGCUAAGGAUGUAGCAAACGUGAGCCAACAAAUACCUCGUAUUUUGUCAUUAUCUCAUCGGAAAUGCAUGAUUUAAAUUCUAUUGCAUCAUGUUAUGUGAAUUAUGAAUAUUGCUGUUCUAUUUUUCUAUUAGGUCUCCAAAUGUGGCCAACUUCUACUUUUUUGCAAUGUAUCCUGCUUCUUGUAUUUCUUCUUUCCUCUCCCAGUUUAGGUUCAUUUACAGCAGGCUAAACUGAAAGAAAUGUAAGGCAUGAAAAGGCAAAUGUGCAAUGUUUCUUUUCAGAGUUUAAAUAAAAAUAUGCUGCUA